CUGUUACCUAACUAUUGUAUUUUGGAUAUGAUUUUUGUUAUGGAUUUCUCUGGUGGUACACUUGAUAAACAUAAUGCAUAUAUAAAUAUUUCAUCGGCAAUCAUAGAAUCGUUGUCUCUUAGUCGAUCGACUAUUCAGGUGGGCAUGGUGCGAUAUUCAGGACCAGGUCGUGCAGAUACAGUUUUUCAUUUAAAUAAACAUAAUUCGACGAAAGAGGCCAUACUCGAUAUGAAAAGAGCGGAUCAUAUGGGUGGUGUAACUUAUACAGGCCAAGCUAUUCAGUAUAGUAUAAAAGAGUUCAACGAAGAAUAUGGCGGAAGAAAGCAGUCGAAAAAAAUUAUUAUUAUAUUUACUGAUGGUUAUUCACAGGAUCCUUCGUUGGCAGCUGAAAAUGCCACAAAGUUAGGUAUUGAAAUACAUGCCGUUGCCAUCGAUGAUGAACUAAUAAAGAGCCACCAAAAAUUACAAUCACAAAAAUUUCGUAUUAUCUUAUUUUUUCUCGGUCGUUCUAUUCUAAUCAUCCAUCUUUAUCCAACUCUUCAUAAUUAUUCCAUGAAUACAUGUCUUUUUAGCAUUUCUUUUUAA